AUGCUCCUCACCCACACCGUCGGCCUGGGCUACGACCUCGCCGACCCGGCCCUCGCCAAGUGGUCCGCCAAGGUCGGCCGCCGCGCCACCAACCUCGACUGGAGCAGGGCCGGCUUCACCACGCCCCUGAGCUUCGCCCCUGGCGACGGCUGGCAGUACGGCACCGCCAUUGACUGGGCCGGGCUGGUCCUCGAGGCGGUCACAGGGCAGUCGCUCGGCGAGUACAUGCAGAUGCACGUCUUUGGGCCCCUGGGCAUGCGCGACACGGGAUUCUGGCCUGAGAGGCUGCCCCAGACGGCGUCCCGCGCGGUCACCUUCUCGUACCGCGACGCGGCCACGGGAGGACUCAAGCCUGGCCCGCCGUCGGUGGCGGAGCAGCACGACGUCGAGAGUGGCGGCGCGGGCCUAUACACCACGGCUGACGACUACGCACGCUUCCUGCGCGGCCAGCUGAACGGCGAGCUCGUCGGCGACGCAAUCCUGAGUCAGAUGCUCGAGCCACAGCUCAACAGUGCGCAGAAGGAGAUGUUCGAGGGCAUCGUCUACCGCUCCGGCGUUCAGAACGGGUUCGCGCCGGAAUUUCCGACUGGGCUGCCUCUCAACCACGGCCUUGGGGGCGCUCUCAAUAUGGAGGAUGUGAGCGUGGAUUGA